AUGGAUAAAGUUUUAAAGCCUGAGAAACUAGACACAGAUCCUGAUAUACGUGACGCGGAAUGCGAAUGGCUGCAUUGGCAAAAGACAUUCGAAAAUUUCUUGGAAGCUUUACCCACUGAAGGACUGGAUAAAUUGAGAGUAUUAACAAACUAUGUGUCUCCGAGAACUUAUAGAUAUAUUAGAAAUAUCACAACUUAUAAUGAAGCCAUAGAUACGCUGAAAGGGAUUUUUGUACAGCCAAAGAAUGAAAUAUAUGCACGUCAUAUGUUGGCCACGCGAUCCCAACAAAUUUCUGAGUCAGUUGCUGAAUAUUUAAGAGCAUUGACAGAAUUGAGCAAAGAUUGUAACUUUCAGAACGUAUCUGCUAAAGAAUACCAGAAUGAAUAUAUUCGGGACUCUUUUAUACGUGGCUUGAAUUCCAGUUGGAUACGCCAACGACUGCUGGAGAAUAAGAAAUUGACACUGGACGAAAUGGUUGAUCAAGCCAAAUCAUUGGAAACUGCCGUUCGAAAUUCACAAUCUUAUGCUAUAAACGAAAACGCUUCCGUCGGAGCAGCACCUUCAACGAUACAAUCUAACAAUUUCGAUGUUGGAUUGGUGCCAGAUAAUGCAGCGAUGACUAUUAGAAGUAAAUGCUUUUUCUGUGGUAAUAGUAGACACCCACGAUCGAAAUGCCCAGCUCGGGAAGUAGUCUGUUUCAAGUGUCAAAAGAAAGGACAUUUUGCAAAGGUUUGUCGCGGAAGAACUAUUUCGAACAAUGACUCCAGCAGUCGCAUUGACAUUUCAGCAAUGAUACCACAUUCAACAUUAGCUACUAUUCAUGACAAAUCUUAUACUCAUGUUGGAUACGUUCCGUCUACAUUACGACAAGCCACAGCCUUGGUAGAAGUCGGUCAACGAAAAGUACGAGCUUUGUUCGACAGUGGUAGUACGGAAAAUUAUAUUCACCCAAGGCUGGUAAAAUCUCUUAGGCUCAACGUUCGUCCGACAAAGAAUGUCAUUUCCAUGGCAUCGUCUAAAUGUUCAGUAGAAGUUCUUGGAUGUACUGAAAUGGAUUUAUACUAUAAUAAUCAUAAAUAUUGCGGAGUUAAGUUUGGUGUAAUCGACAGCUUAUGCGCUGAUAUGAUCCUCGGACUCAAUUUCCAAACCCUGCAUAAAAGUGUAAGAUUUCACUACGGUGGUAAAAAACCUGAAUUAUCAAUUUGUGGUUUCUCGUCAUUGAAAAUAACCCCACCGGAACCAUUCAAACAUUUAACUGCGGACUGUCAUCCAAUCGCCACUAAAUCGAGAAGAUAUUCACACGAAGAUAGAUUAUUCAUUCGAGAUGAAGUAGCAAGACUUCAGCGAGAAGGAAUUAUCGAAACAUGCCUUUCGCCAUGGAGAGCUCAAGUCGUUGUGGUUAAAGCAGAAAAUCGAAAGAAACGUUUGGCAAUUGAUUACUCGCAAACUAUUAACAAGUUCACUUUAUUGGACGCUUUCCCAUUGCCAAACAUUUCAGAGUUAGUGUUUAAGUUAAGUUUCAAGUUAAUGCUUGGUCUGUUUACGAUAGAGAGAAAUAAAUAA